UUAACACAUAUAGGAACAUCCUCUGUCUUUGGGUCAUGGCGUGGAGGGGCUACCUCGUGAAAUGGACCAAAGUCGAUCUUAUUAAUUCCGCCGUAUUUCCUAAGGGCAACAGAUUCCCCCUCUACCCUCAACAGAGAUGUGGCUUCAGGAAGGCUCAAAGGAAGCCGGAGCCAAAUAAGAGGGGACAGGAGGAACCUGCACAUCCCCCUGCUGAUGUGAGCGAGGCAGCAGUGCAGAAGAAAGCUGCUCCCCCUCAGCCAGAGCCUCCCAUCCCACCCGUACCCCCCAGGAGACCAGGCAGACUCUUCAGACCUCUGGUGUUCACCGUAGGGUUCACAGGCUGCUCCUUUGGCGCGGCCGCCAUCUUGCAGUAUGAGUCAGUGAAGUCACGAGUGCAGAGCUACAUGGACGAGGCCAAAGAAGAGGAGCUGAAUAGACUGAGACAGACUCAUGACACGACAUACUGGCAUAACUGGUGGAAUCAACUGACUGACUUCCAGAGGCAGGUGAUCCUGCUGAUGUCAAUGGUGGAUGACUGGUGGAGUGGGAUGAGUCAGGGACAAAGGACAGUCACAGGUAUCAUAGCUCUAAAUGCCAUAGUCCUCUGCUGCUGGAGAGUUCCCUCUUUGCAACGCUCCAUGAUCAAGUAUUUCACCUCCAAUCCUGCCUCCAAGACACGAUGCCUUCCCAUGGUCCUUUCCUCCUUCAGCCAUUACUCCAUCACUCACAUGGCACUCAACAUGUAUGUGCUGUGGACGUUCUCCACCAGUAUCGUCUCCAUGCUUGGCAGGGAGCAGUUCCUGGCCGUCUACCUCUCUGCAGGUGUGUUCUCUACAUUUGUCAGUUACGUGUGUAAGACAGCUACUGGGCGCCUGGGUCCAUCUUUAGGAGCUUCAGGUGCCAUCAUGGCAGUGCUGGCGGCAGUUUGCACUAAGAUGCCUGAGGCCAAACUUGGCAUUAUCCUCCUUCCCAUGAUCACUUUCACCGCAGGCAAUGCUUUGAAAGGUCUUGUUGCCUUGGAUACAAUUGGUCUUCUGUUGGGAUGGAGGUUAUUUGACCAUGCUGCUCAUCUAGGCGGAGCUCUGUUUGGAGUGUGGUACAUUGCAUAUGGUCAUGAGUUGAUCUGGAGGAAGCGGGAGCCUCUGGUAAAGUUUUGGCAUGAGUUGAGAAAAGAGCCCCCAGGUGGCAGGCCACCAAGUGGUCGGGGUGGGAAUUCGUAGUCUCCUGUGAGAGUUUUCCAGCAGGGUUAGAGAGCCCUCUGGAACACAUACUGGAACACAUACUGGAUACUGGAUAACAGAACCUCAGCUGUGAUCAGGGGACCACUCUCCUCAGGCAUCGCAGAGAGGCCUUCCCCUUUUCAGGAACUCACCUGUGUGUGUGUGUGUGUAUGCAUGUAUGUAUGUAUGUAUGUAUGUAUGUAUGUGUAUCAUUGAUAUAGAAGGUUUUCAUAAAUCGAAGACCUGGAUUGGCAAAUUGGAUAUAAAAUGCAGUUUUGAAUAGCACAACAAUGUACCCUCUGCAUUUAUAUUGGUUUUAUAAAUUGUACAAUAUGAGUAAAACUUAGAAACAAACACUGAUUUUGGUGUCAAAUGAUGGAAACAUAAAUUAACAGCAGAUGGUAUCUUUUCAGGCAUUUUGGCCAGUGGUGUAUAGUAAUGAAGUAGAAAUACUUUGUUACCGCACUUUUGAGAAUAUUUUUUGAGAAUAUUUCUACUUCACUCAAGUAUAACUGUUUCUGUCAACUUUCACUUUUACUUCACUGCUUUUUCAAAAGCAAAUGGCUGCUUUCACAUUUCCCCAGGCCCCUUUUGUUACGUACUGCAGUAGUAAAUCAGCAGAAAACAACAAAUACGCUUAGAUCAGCAUCGACAAGUUUACAAUGGUUAUUGUCAGCUUAUGCAGCAUGGGGUUUAUGAGUAUAG